GUGCCACUGCAAUAAAUAAAAUUCGUUAGAGGCGCCACUGUCGAUAUAGGACAGAACGCCUGGCACAUGCGUCGCGACGUCUCCAGCACUCUCGAUCGAGCGUCGGCUAUCCACAAACAACAUGACUACGUCCCCAACGUCUGAUGUAUUCUCAGACGAAGUCGACUCAAUCUCAAUCCGCGACAAAGCCCUCCUCAAACGUUCUGUCUCAAAACACCACAACAACAACUUCAAAGCGGGCUACGUCCCAGUUCACGAGCAACACCUCACAAAAACGGGUCUCAGAGGCCGCAAAACGUUCGCAUUUUGGACUCUAGUCGCCUUACUUUUCAUCCUAGCGGUCGGUAAUUUGCUACUUACCGUCACGAUUUUAGGGGUUUUGAGACUGGGCCAAGGGAUGGAAAGCAUCGAGUUGGUCCCCGACGAAUACGCGGUGAAAUUCUUCGGAGUCACGGAUUUGGGACACAUGUAUAAACGCGAUGGUAAAAUUGAGGGUUUCAAAGACGAACCGGUGGCAAUCACAAGUGAGGAAAGUGCCGUUUUAUUGAACAUCAUGUCUUUGCGAAACGGCCGACCCAGCAACCAGAUGCGUGUCACCAAGAACGGGACCAGUUUCUGGGGGUUUGACUCGUUUCAUGUGAGAAAUAAACAAGGGGCGGUCUUGUUUAGCACAGACAGCCCGAAUUUCCAUGCACUGCGAGGGGCCAACGAUUUUGACGCGAAAAUUGUUUUCACUAAUCGCAUUGCGAGUCCUGUGCAUAGUAAACUCAAAGUGGAAGGUCGCGUGUUGACCUUUAAAGGUUCAGAAGGGACGAGAAUGGAUGGGAAGGAUAUUUUCUGGAGCGCCGAUCAAGACAUUUAUUUGAAAACAAAUAACGGAUCGAUUGUUCUCAGCGGAAGCGAUGGGACGCUUAUCGAUGUCAGGCGGAUCCCGAUUGCGACAGUCAAGAAUAAUAAUUACGUUACUUCUCAGUAUAAAGUCUGCGUUUGCAUGCCUGAAGGGAAACUGUUCAGGAUUCCGGUGCCCAGUGGACCAAAUCCGAGGGUUUUCUGCCACCACAUCAACACCCAACCCCCGCAUAAUCCAUGCAUGUAAUUGUAGCAAUUUAUAAUACAUCGUUAUCAGUGUUGCCAGUCACGAAAUAAAUACGCCAGUUUUUAAAAAACUACUAAUUAUGUCAAUAAAUGCGUCUCUGGAUGUGAAAAAAGAAAACAAUGUAAUUUUCAAGUCAAUAAUGACAAGUUUUUCGAUUGUUUUUUCGAAAUAUUACAUAAAAAACAUAUUGAAUGGUCUGCGAAAGGCUAAAAUAACAAAUUUUCAAUCGACUGUUCUGUUUUUUCGGCAUAAUACUAACAUCAUUUCCAUUUGGUUUUGUGAUCCUUAGGCAUGUUUUGAAAGUUCUUGUAAAAUACAUGAGCUUCUAGUUUAAAAUGACCUAAACUGAGGCAAGAAAUGCUUGAAUAACUCCAAUUUUCGUCUUUGCUGUUUCUGUAGACAAUUUUUACCAUUUUUGUUAAAAAAAAACAAAUUUUCCUAUUUUUUCCAACAAAAUUUUGCGAAAUAAUUAGAUUGUUAGCUUUAAAGCGUAAUAAACAAAAAAUUUAAAAUUACAUAAUUUUCUCACGAAUUUCGUGAAUUUUCGGUUUAUUUCAACGAAAUCUUACACAAAUCAUUGGAUAAUCACCGGCCAAUGCAAUACGAACUGUAAAGAGACCUCUGUAAAGAGAGUGUUCCAUUUGCGAAUAUCGACUGAUAAUAUAACUUUAUUUGGAAUUUUGCUACUUUUUCUUAAAAUUUGAACUUGUUUCUAUUGAGAAAAGCAAAAGUAACACCGUUUAAUAAUUUAUUAUUUUCAAAAUUUAUGACGAAAUUGCACACACCCUGAUAUGGGGUAGUAUUUAUACAAUGUAGUAAAUGGUUCUACUUAUAAUAGUUAAGGAUAGAGUAAUUUAUAUUUCUUAGGAAGAAAGAGAUUGAACUGUAGUAAUUAGUUAUUUACCUAACAAGUUUGGAAAGUGCAAUUUCCCACAUGAGCACUUUGUUGCACGAGCACAUCGAGUGCUGCAUGAAGUGCGAAUGUGUGAAAUUGCUUUAUAAACAAGUUAGGUGCAAUAUUUUUUGUAACAAAUAUCUCAAAAAAGGAACUAAAAAUGUUUUUUUGAUAAUUUAGUUUUUUUUUGGUGAUGGGUUGGUAACUGGUCAAACAAUCAAAAAAUUGACAAGAACUGUCAUCGUAAAAAAAUAACCGUUUCCAUCUCAACAUUAGCAAUACCAACCUAGUAAAUAUUCCUAACCAUUGUUGCAAGUAAAAAACACCGCAGUGCGGGAAAGUUCGUUUCCCACACGCUGGAGAUAACCGGGAAAUAGCUAUCUAAAGGCUAUGAGUACAAAAAUAACUAUUGCUACAUUCUAUAAAUACUACCUAUUAUCCUUUAUAAAAUUUCACUAAACAGUUAUGGCUGCUAAAGAAAAUGAUAAAAAUUAACCAAAACAACAAAAUUUUCCACCAGAAUGUGUAAAAUACUUGCGUUUCCAAAAAAGUGUUAAUAAAUCACUGAAAAAUAUCUCUUGGUCUGAUCUGCUAUUUAAUAACUACUAAAAAAUCGAACUUUGUUCCUUAAAAAUGCAUUCUGAGAAAAACUGGAUUUUAAGAAAGGUUUUUUUAAGGCGUUUACAACUUUAUUUCUGGCAACAUUGUUGAUAAUAGACAAUAAUAGACUGUAUUUUAUUUACUUUCAAAUAAAUGUCUAGAUCAAGA